GCCGCCGAGCCACAACAGUGCUAGUCCGCCGUCCUGCCCGCCAGCGACACUGCGAGGAAGCGCGCCGCCCGCGGCCGAGCGCACCUGGGGAGCAGCGCCUGGAGCUUUUACCGCGCCAUGUUUCAGCCCGCCGAGCACGCCCCGGAGUGGGCCAUGGAGGGUCCCCGGGACGGGAUGAAGAAGGAGCGGCUGCUGGACGACCGCCACGACAGCGGCCUGGACUCCAUGAAGGACGAGGAGUAUGAGCAGAUGGUGAAGGAGCUGCGGGAGAUCCGUCUUGAGCCUCAGGAGGCGCCGCGCGGCGCCGAGCCUUGGAAGCAGCAGCUCACGGAGGACGGAGACUCGUUCCUGCACUUGGCCAUCAUUCAUGAAGAGAAGGCACUGACCGUGGAAGUGAUCCGCCAGGUGAAGGGGGACCUGGCCUUCCUCAACUUCCAGAACAACCUGCAGCAGACUCCACUCCAUUUGGCUGUGAUCACUAACCAGCCGGAAAUUGCUGAGGCUCUUCUGCAUGCUGGCUGUGAUCCUGAGCUCCGGGACUUUCGAGGAAAUACGCCCCUACACCUUGCCUGUGAGCAGGGCUGCCUGGCCAGUGUGGGAGUCCUGACGCAGAGCUGCCAGGCUCAGCACCUCCACUCCAUCCUGCAGGCCACCAACUACAAUGGUCACACGUGUCUGCACUUAGCCUCUAUCCAUGGCUACCUGGGCAUCGUGGAGCUUUUGGUGUCUUUGGGUGCUGAUGUCAAUGCUCAGGAGCCCUGUAAUGGCCGGACUGCCCUCCAUCUUGCAGUGGAUCUGCAGAAUCCUGACUUGGUGUCCCUCUUGUUGAAGUGUGGGGCUGACGUCAACCGAGUUACGUACCAAGGCUACUCCCCCUACCAGCUCACCUGGGGCCGCCCAAGCAUCCGGAUACAGCAGGAGCUGGGCCAGCUGACCCUGGAAAACCUUCAGCUGCUGCCAGAGAGUGAGGAUGAGGACAGCUAUGACACGGAGUCAGAGUUCACAGAGGACGAGCUGCCCUAUGAUGACUGUGUGCUUGGAGGCCAGCGGCUGGCAUUAUAAAUGGAACAUAUCUGAAAGAACACGCUCUUGUAUAUUUGUAUAAAAGGAGAGUUUUAUUUUUCUAAAAAAAAAAAAAAAGAAAAAAAAAUUCAAAGGAUGUACAUAAAACCACACUGCCCACUGCCUGGCCCAAAAGGUUUUGCCUUUAUUUUUGUGAAUUCUGUGAGUGGGACAAGAAAGAUCAUUGAAAUCCAAAGAAAGCCUCUUUAAUUUUCACUUUGUCGAGUUUUUUUUUUUUGGAGAGGGCUAUCUAAAAUUGGAUAAAAGGACCACAUUUUAUUUAUUGUGCUUUUGACUGAACCACCAUGGAUUUAGUGGCUGAAUCCAGUUGUAUCCUGUGACAUGUAACAGCCAGGUGUGUUGUUAACCUUUCGGCAGUGUGGGGUUAAAACCUUGAGGUGCUAGCUGUCAAGGUUUGUGUUACCCUCCUGUAAAUGAUGUAUAUAAUGUAUUUUGUUGUUAAAUAUUUUGGUACUUUUAAGGUGUAUAUUUAUUAAACAGAUUUUUACAAACAA